AUGUCCCGGCCGGCGUCCCCCGUGUGGGCCGUGGCCCUUUGGGCCGUCCUGACGCUUCCCUGGCCGUCGACGGCGCCAGAGCGGGCCGACGGCACGGCGCGACGCGACGGCGGUGGUGCGCAGUGUGGAGAGUACACCAACCAGGUGUCGGAGGACGGCACGUGCCGCCUGGCCGCUACGCUGCCCCAGCUGGACGACCAGCGCUGCCCCGACAUGUUCCGCUGCUCGGACGAGGUUUCCUACUGGCUGCACCAGAACGAGGAGCGCAAGCAACAGAUGGCCGCCCUGAAGGAGACGGUCUCGGAGCUGCAGGAGGAGCUGAGGAACCACCGGCACCGCAUCAAGGUCUUGGAGCUGCAGCAUGAGGACGGAAGCCUCUGCAACGCCACCCUGGAGCGCCGUUUGCACGAGAUGGAGGCGCGCUACGUCGAGGCCGCCGGCCUGCUGCACCUGCAGGCCACCCUCAUCCUCAACCUGCAGAACCAAGUUCAUAACCUCAGCCAAUCACUGGAGCACGCGAAGAAGAGUCCCGGCUGUUUGAUCAACACGGUCCGGCCCAACCCCCUCAUGAGCACCCAGCAGGCCUCGCACCCGGAGCUCCAUCACAUGAGGAACUGCCCCGUGGACUGCGCCGCCAUCUACUACAACGGCGCGAGGAGGUCCGGCGUCUACACCGUGGUGCCGUCGUUCGCGGGCGUGCCCGUGGAGGUCUACUGCAACAUGGAUACCGACGGCGGCGGCUGGACGGUGAUCCAGAGGCGGGCGGACGGCUCCGUGAGUUUCGACCGCAGCUGGCGGGAAUACGGGGCCGGUUUCGGCGACCUCCACUCCGAGUUCUGGCUCGGCAACCGUCACAUCCACGACCUGAGCGGCCGGGGGGACUACAGCCUGCGCAUAGACUUGGAGGACUGGAGCAACAAGCGCAAGCACGCCCUCUACCAGCACUUCAGCGUGGAAGAUGAGGAGCACCGGUACCGCCUCCACGUGUCGGGCUUCAGCGGCAGCGCGCGGGACUCCUUCGGCUGGUACCACGACAAGCGCGGCUUCAGCACGCCCGACAGCGGCGACAUCUGCGCCGAGAUCUCGCACGGCGGCUGGUGGUACGGCCAGUGCUUCUACGCCAACCUCAACGGAAUCUACUACGGGGGCGGUCACUACACGCCCAAAGGCAGAGGCCACCUGGGCCCGGACGGGAUCGUCUGGCACUCGUGGAGGGACUCGGACUAUUACUCGCUUCGCAAAGUCGCCAUGAUGAUCCGGCCGCGCACCUUUCGGAACCGUCUGUCUCCGUGA